CCCUCGUUUCUUUUUCACGAUUUGACUCCCCAGAAAUACAAAAACUCACAAUCCCUAAACUUACUAGCUACCUCAUUCCUUGCCGGUCCAUGCUGGGAUAAUGAGUAGUCCAACGGCCACGACGACGGGGCUUGACCCCGCUGUCCACACCUCAAACGACAACGUCAUCCGUCGGACUAAUGGUCCAGAAAAUGGCAGCACUCCUAAUGACAAGGCCAAUGCCGGUGGUGAACCAGAGACGGAGACGAAAAGACACUCGAAAAAGGCCCUUCGGAGUAAAUAUCGCCAUGUCGAGGCCGUUCACUCUCAGUCAAGGCCAUCCUGUCUGAGCCACGACACAACUGAGAGCCCCAGCUUCUUGGGGUUCCGCAACCUGAUGGUCAUUGUUUUGGGUAAACAUUGGGAAUCCUUGCCACGUUUUUGUUUGGUGAGUUGGCCGAGUGUGCUGACAGUAUUCGCAGUUGUCGGUAACCUUCGUUUGAUCAUUGAGAACAUCCAAAAGUACGGCGUCCUAAUAUGCAUCGGCUGCCAUGACUUUCGGAAGUCCGACAUCAACCGCGGUCUGCUGCUGUACUUCCUGAUCCCCUGCCACCUUUUCAUCGCCUACAUCAUCGAGCACUACGCCGCCGUCCAGGCCCGUGCCGAGCGCAAUGUGUCCGCCUCCGAGCAGAACGCAAAGGAGCACCAGCACCAAGACGGCACCAAUAGCCCAACCGAGGAGCAGCACCGCAAGUUCCAAUCCACAUGGAAGCUCGUUCGCCUCCUUCACGCCAUCAACGUAACCACCGCCCUGGUUUUAACCUCCUACGUGGUCUACUACCACAUCCACCACCCUUUGAUCGGCACCCUCACGGAAGUGCACGCCAUCGUGGUCUGGCUCAAGACAGCCUCGUACGCCUUCACCAACCGUGACCUGAGACACGCGUACCUGCACCCUGCCCGUGGAGAGCUCGACGCCUUGCCAGGACUGUACGCGGAGUGUCCCUAUCCGGAGAACAUCACGAUGGGCAAUCUCUGCUACUUUUGGUGGGCUCCCACGCUGGUCUACCAGCCCGUAUACCCGCGCACCGCCAAAAUCCGGUGGUCGUUCGUGGCCAAGCGAUGUGGCGAGGUGAUUUGCCUCAGUGUGUUCAUCUGGUUCCUUUCGGCGCAAUACGCGACGCCGGUGCUGCGUAACUCGCUGGAUAAGAUUGCUUCGCUUGAUAUCCCGAGCAUUGUGGAGAGGCUGCUGAAGCUGUCGACUAUUUCGUUGAUUAUUUGGCUGGCUGGGUUCUUCGCGCUGUUCCAGAGCUUUUUGAACGCGCUGGCUGAGGUGACAAGGUUUGCGGACCGCUCGUUUUAUGAUGAGUGGUGGAACAGCGAGAGCUUGGGCGUGUACUGGCGCACGUGGAAUAAGCCCGUUUAUCAGUACUUCAAGCGCCAUGUGUACUCGCCCAUGCGGUCGAGGGGGUGGAGUAAUGCGACGGCGAGUUUGGCGGUUUUCUUCUUGAGCGCCGUGUUGCAUGAGUUGCUCGUUGGUGUGCCUACUCAUAACCUUAUUGGCGUUGCUUUCCUCGGCAUGUUCCUCCAACUGCCUCUCAUCCAGUUCACCAAGCCUUUGGAGAAGAAAACGUCUCCCAAUGGCAAGCUGUUGGGCAACAUCAUCUUCUGGGUCUCCUUUACCAUCUUCGGCCAACCGUUUGCGGCCCUCAUGUACUUUUACGCAUGGCAGGCCAAGUAUGGGAGUGUGAGCAAGAUGGCUACUUCGCAGCAGCUUGUUCAGCAAGGGCAGGGGACGUGCCCUCCUCUCGUGUAGUUGUCUGCUCCUGGUUAUUUUCGACGGUGAAGGAAACAUAGAUAUAGGCUUGAUCAACAGGACAUUGUAAGGUGAACGUCAGCUGUUCCCUGCAGCUGGGUCAGAAUUCUAGGUAGACCGAUUGCUUUAGCCAUGGUGUUCGAGGGCGUUGCAGGAACUACGAUAA